CGUCGUGAAGUACACAACGAUCUCAAACGAGCAACAGCAACUCGCACAAACAAACAAAAAAAUAACCAUGGCAACCAAAUACGAAAUGUCGAAAACUUACCAAUACCGCAAAGUGAUGAAGCCACUGCUGGAGCGCAAGCGUCGCGCACGCAUCAACAAGUGUCUGGAUGAUCUCAAGGAUCUGAUGGCCGAGUGUGUGGCACAGACUGGUGAUGCUAAAUUCGAGAAAGCCGACAUCUUAGAGGUGACCGUUCAAUACUUGCGCAAUCUGAAGCAAUCAAAAGCCGCUCAAUCCGCUUCCUCUGCACCUGAGCACAGUUUCCGUGCUGGCUACAUUCGUGCUGCCAACGAAGUCUCUCGUGCUUUGGCCGCUCUUCCCAAAGUGGAUGUCGCCUUUGGCACCACACUGAUGACACAUCUGGGUAUGCGACUCAAUCAACUGGAGCAACCUGUCGAGCAGUCAACACCCAUGACUCUGCACACACCACUCAGCAUCAACUGUGGCAGCAGCAGCAGCAGCAGCAGCCGUGACACCUACAGCCCCGUCUCCAGUGGCUAUGCCAGCGACAGUGAUUGCUCUCCGGGCUCAUCCACACCCGUUGCGGCACAAUCUCUGCUCCAGAUUAGCAACACCGGCAGCGUCUGGCGUCCCUGGUAAAUGGGGGACAACAUCCCAAGUCGUCGUCGAGGGCAAACGCGCAAUUCCAAUGUAGCUUUACAAUGCUUUACAAUGAUCUUCAUUUUUGAUUUUAAUUAAGUGUUACGCAGUUUUAUAAGUUAGGUCUGUGAUAGGGCACGUUUAUUGACUCCAAUUAUAACAAAUUAGCCAGAAGUCUGUUAGCCAAUACAAAUGUUUAUACAAUUAUAAGUAAAACACUUCCAAACAUAAAUACAAACAAACAU